AUGGCUGAUCACGACAUGAGCGACAGCACACACAUCCUGGUGGCUAGUAUCAGUCAUGCCAAUGGUACCCCAGGCGUGCUUGCCUCUGUUGUUAACAACCUCGGUGUUACCGGUGUCAAUGGUUCCGAGGCUGGAGCCGGAGGACCUACAACAUCGUCGGUUACAUCAACAGCAACCAAUGCAGCAAUAGGAGCAGGAGUAGCAGGAGCAAGAGGAGGAGGAGGAGAAGGAUCAGAAGGGUCGAUGAAAUCACAUCCAAAUCCCGCCAUGACGUCAGAUGCCAUGCAGGGCUCAAUUGGGAUUCAACAGCAAACCCACAACCCAGCCGCGGUCAUGAUGCAUACUCUUCCUCCUUCGUCAACAUCCACAUCUAUAUCCACACAACCUCCUCUUCCACCACCGACGUCAUCAACUACCUCUGCGACCACAAGUGCAUCCACUGCCGCGCAACUUAUCAAGCAACAUCAACAACAUCAGCAACAACAACAACAACAACAACAACAACAACAACAACAACAACAGCAACAACAACAACAGCAACAGCAACAGCAACAACAACAACAACAACAGCAACAGCAACACCAGCAGCAACAACACCAGCAGCAACACCAGCAACAGCAACAGCAACAACAACAGCAGCAGCAGCAGCAGUUGUUGGGACAAGGAUCAGCUGUGACUGGGGUGCCAUCUGUCAUGGGAGGAAUCGCACCUUCGGGGCACGUCUCGGAUGCAUCUCCUGUUGUCAAUGGAGACGGGAUCCAAAAGCUGCCUGUAGCUUCUUCAUAUGACAUCAGUAUGGGCCAGUUGACGAGCGGGACGUCGACUAGUCAACUUUUACAGCAGCAGCAACAACAGCAUCAGCAACAACUACUGAUGCUUCAGCAGCAACAACAACAACAACAACAACAGCAACAGCAGCAGCAGCAACAUCAGCAACAAGGAAAGGAGCAGAGGCGUUUACAACAACAAGCGAUCAAGCAGCUGCAACAGCAACAUCAACCGCAACCUGCACAACAAUUACCCCAACCGCAGUCUAUUCAACCACAGCAACAAGUCUUACAGCUUCAACCAGCCCAGCAACAGCCUCAAAUCCACCAGCAGUCUCAGCCUCAGCCUCAGCUAUUGCCAGAUGGAGUUCAGUUGCUGCAGGAUCAUCCUGCGAUGGAUGAGAGCCUUGUUCCGAACCGGUCAAUGGAGUUUGAUACCUUGGAAGCGGCCCAACAGUUCGCGGAGAGGUAUGCACGAGACGUGAACACUGUCGUGAUCGUGAAGCGUACAACGAAGGACAAGCAUGGAGCUGUAGUUCAGGGAGCAUACAUGGGAACAGACAAGAAGCCGCCAGAUUCCAAUGUCCGAACUAAGCGCUGUGGCUGUCCGUGGAUGAUCUCUGUCGGAUUCUCCAAAAAGCGCGGGAACCGGGAUGGAAAGCGCGGUCGAUUCACCAAGGUACAUCUUGUCCAUAACCAUCCGCUCCUACCCCUCCCUGACGAAGCUGACGGCAGUGCAACAAAGCCCGCCAUCAAGGAGUCCAAGUCAGGAGCAGGAUCGUCCUCCAAGUCAGGAGGAGCAGCGUCCUCAUCCUCUCGGAGUACCAACACACCCAGAACUCGGGCCUCAACGGCCAACGCAGCGGCGGGCUCUUCCAAGGCGGCAGCAGGCGGGCGUCGCGGGAGUGGAGCAGGUGUGGCAAACGACAACAAAAGCGACGCUACUUCAAGGAGUAUAAUGGAUGUCAUUGGCCCCCCCGCGCCGUCUGGCCCUCAGGAAUCAAAUGCGCCUAUGGGCCCUUACAGCUUGCCCGAUUUUUUGGCCCAAGGAGCCAUCAUCUCUUCUCGGUCGUCUGUUGUGCCGCCUGUGACAAUAUCAGGAUUCCAGCCCUCCCAUCCAUCCUUGGGCUCCCUUCCCAGCGAGGUGAUGUCGGCUCUUGGUGGUGCUAGCCACGAUGUUCACCAAGCGCUGCAAGGCAUGUCAUCGCGGACGGAGAUUACGUGGGAUGAUUUGAAGGCGCAGAUGGAUCAGAUCCCCUGGGAUCUUCAGCAGGAUGUUAUGAAGGCUUUCAUGACCAUUCUCCACAUCACACAGCAAAACUUUCAUGUCCCGAUGGUCGGGGGCGACAGGAAUACGGAUGCUGAGGCCAGUGCGGCGGCAACUGCGGCAGCAAUAGCGGAUGUUGUCGGAAACUUGCCUGCCAAUUAUUCGACUAACGCCGGUCAGACUCAACAGUUGCACCAGCAGGUCCAGCAGCCUCAGCCUCAAGCUCAACCCCAAACUCAGGUUCAGCAACCUCAACAAACUCAACAGCCUCAUCAGUCUCAACAGCCACAGCAAGCUCAACAGCACGCAUCAACUGCCUUUGUACGCCACCACAAUCUCUCUGGAGUCAGCGCAGGACCUUCCGCCAUGGAGGGGAUCUCCCACAGUUUGGGAACGACGUCCACCUCUGAUCUGUUGCAGCUCCACCGCGCCGAUGCCGAAGCUCUUCGGGAAAAGGGCCACAGUCGACAGAACUCGAGCGCAGGAGGUAUGACAACGACUGGAGGCGGCGUUAAUGGCGGAGGAGCCGUGGACGGGUCUUCAACGGUCAUCAAUCCCAGUCAGUCAACCGGUAUUCUUUCCGUCGUGUCUUCGCUCUCGGGUACCACGGCUGAGAAUAUCUCUGUAUCAACGCCGACACCGUCCCUUGCCAUGUCAUCUGCCAAUGUCUCGCCACUGGUGACAGCAGUACCGACACUCCGCCAUACCGCGGCGACCCACAUGCACUCUGCAACGACGUCGGCGGGCGAUAUAGGUGCCCAACAUCAUCAAAACAACAUUCUUCAGCACAGCCGCCAAUCCAGUCAAUCAGGAGGUCAACAUAGUCGAACUCUCAGUGGAUCGGGGCACAACAUCAGUAAUGUUGCAGGAAGUGCAGCCAUGCGGACACUGGAAGCCAACGGCUCGAUCCUGGCUCUUAGUCAUACCCCCAGUGCAGCCAACAGCAACCACAGUAGCAUGGAGUCUUCGCCCUUAUUGGCCCAGGCGCAGGCCCAAGCUCAAGCUCAUGCACAAGCCCAAGCUCAAGCUCAAGCUCAGGCACAAGCUCAGGUCCAGGCUGCCCACGCCCACGCCCACGCCCAAGUUCAAGCCGCACAUGCCCACGCACAGGCACAAGCUCAAGCUCAAGCCCAGGCUCAAGCCCAGGCGCAGGCGCAAGCACAAGCCCAGGUUGCCCAUUUACAGGCGCAGGUGGACGCCAACACCGAGGCAGCAGUGACCGCAGCGGUAUUGAGUAUGAAUGGACUCCAUGGGCCGAACGCUGGACCGGGCGCGGGAUCAAUGUCUGGAACAAGCAACGCUUCUGUACCUGCAGGAUCAGUAUCUAAUGCGCACACGUUCUCGAUCUACCCUAUGGAGGAUUCGCAGUUUCUCCAGCAACUCCAAGAACAACACCAACAUCAACAACGACUCCAGUUAAUGUCGCAGCAGCAGCAGCAGCAGCAGCAACAGCAGCAACGUCAGCAGCAGCCAGGACAGGCUGCAGGCGUAGUAACAGUUCAUCAGGAUCCGAUCCAUACCCGGUCUCCCGAAGUCGACCAUCACAGCAUUGAGCUGGAUGGAGAGCCAGCCCGCAAGCGUGUCCGGUCUUGA